GACUGAGCAAUUAAAUUAAUCACACAAACAAAUCAUUCUCUCUGAUUUUCACAUCUUUGGAAAGUGACAUGAAAAUGCAGAAACAGAACAAGAGGGUGGCAGUUUUGGUGGGGUGCAAUUACCCCAACACAAGCAACGAAUUGCAUGGUUGCAUAAACGAUGUGUUGGCAAUGAAGGAGACACUGGUGAAGCGUUUUGGGUUUGAUCCCAACAACAUUGAGCUUCUCACUGAUGCACCUGACUCUUGUUCUUCGUUGCCCACUGGUGCUAACAUCAAGCAGGCACUGACUAACAUGGUUGAUGGAGCUGAAGCAGGGGAUGUCCUCUUUUUUCACUAUAGUGGACAUGGAACCAGGAUCCCUUCCAAGAAACGUGCCCACCCCUUUCGCCAUGAGGAAGCAAUUGUGCCUUGUGACUUCAAUCUCAUCACUGAUUUGGACUUGAGGGAACUAGUGAACAAGCUGCCAAAGGGUGCAAGUCUGACAAUAUUCUCAGACUCAUGCCACAGUGGAGGCCUAAUAGACAAGGAGAAAGAACAAAUUGGACCAUCCUCAAUGGUUCACCAAAACACCACCUUGAGAGGCUCUGACAUCACCCCAAAGACGAUCCCCUACGACUCCAUACUCCACCACCUCUCAUCACUGUCAAAAGUGAACACCACAGACAUGGGAAGCCACCUGGUAGAGCUGUUCGGCUCAGAAGCCAGUUUGAGGUUUCGGCUGCCACUGGUUGACCUUGACUUGUUGGAACAAGUGAUGAGGCCUGACGAGGGGAUUCUGCUGAGUGGCUGCCAAGCAGAUGAAACCUCAGCAGACAUGAACGAGGGUGGUGGAAGGGCUUAUGGGGCGUUCAGCAAUGCGGUUCAGAGGGUGUUGGAGGAGAACCCCGGAAGGGUGAGUAAUGCUGAGCUUGUGAUCAUGGCUAGGAAGAUGCUGCAGAGUGGAGGGUUUGAGCAGCAUCCUUGCCUCUAUUGCAGUGAUGACAAUGCUCGUGCUGCAUUCUUGUGCCAAGAACAAUGAGGCCUCACUCCUCACAGAUGAAUCAAGUCAGAGGUUGUGGCUCUUGUAUUGUUUGGAUUUUAUAUGGAAUAAAUGGAAACAACUGUUCAUUCUUCAAGUAAUCAUUUGUUAAUA